AUGGACGAUUCCGCGGCGCCCAUUAUGGUGGAAGCCUCGAAGAAUAGACGUCACCUUCGAGACCUCAUCAGCGAGAUAACGACCAAAGUCGAUCUGGGGAAAAUAUCGACCGAAGUGGAGGCCGAUCCAAAAUACUUGACGGGAAGUUUGGGCGUCUUCCAAAAGGGCGAGGCGUCGCUCGACGCGCGUCUGUCGAAUCACUACCUCGCACGGGAGGUCAUUCGUCUCUUGAAGCAGCUUGAUGUCUUCACAUCCGACUUGCGGGAUAUCAUUGAUGGCAAGCGACCACAAUCCACUUGGACCAGAGGCUCGUUGCAAAUGUUACGUGGCGAGUUUGGCGAUGACGACCUAUGGAGUGAUGACGAGGAUAGCGAAGGCGGCAUUUUGAAGCCUGAGACGGGACAAAGCGACGAGCGGGGCGGCGAAGACCUAACCGAAACUCUCACAGAGUCUCGAGACCUCUGCCUUUCCAUCAACGAGUCGGUCACCAGCUUACUUCGCCUUUCUAUUCAAAUUCACCAGUCUUCACGAUGUAACAAGUUCCAGAAGUCAUCCAGGGCCACUCGCUACGACGUCAGCAAUGAUAUCAAUCAUGUCAAAGACUUCUUCCCUCACUUGGACAUCACGCACAACACCGCCUUGGCCACCAGACUCGGGAAGGCGAACGCUCAGAGACGCCAUUAUCUGGCGGGAAAUCGCAGAGCUACCGGUGCCGAUGACGAAACUGAGUCCAUUGCACUAUUCUCAGCAGAUCUGCAGCCGUCAGAAUCGAACCUGGCACCAAGCGUCAUGAGUGGCACAAGAGCCAGCACUUUCAGAUCUCGAAUCACGGCUGAGAAUGUCGUCACCCCGUCUGUUGGCCCUGCGAACACGCUAUUUGGGCGGUCCUCAGGGGCAACAGUAGAGGAACAGAAGCUGAGGCAUGUUCAUGCAGACUUGUCUUCAUACACUUGUCUUGAUGGCGGCUGUGACGAAAUGUUCUUCGAAUCUCGGACCAAAUGGUGGGCCCACGAGAUGCAAGCCCAUCGAAAAUCAUGGGCUUGUGGGAUAUGCACCUCGGCAUUACCGAGCUUGGCGGCCAUGAAGGAUCAUCUUCGAACUGACCAUAGAGAUCAAGUAGAUGAAGCCUUGCUUGUCCUUCCGAAUUCGGACCUUAUCGAAGAAGAUGAUGGAAAAUCCAUUGGGGGAGACCGGGAAGCAGAGAGCGACUCGGACGAAGAUGACAACCAGUUGAUCCAAGAGGUAUCCGAACCGGAUCUGAUCCAAAAGCUAUGCGAGCUCGCCGAGAUACAACGACCUGUCGACCCUUCAAAGCUUCCAGUCUCUCCGGACCUUGCCAUGAGAACCGAGGCUGUACGGAAUGGCGCGAACCCAGAGACACUCCAGUUGAGGAACAUGGCGCAAGGCCAUGGCGAGAGUGAGGAUCAGGCCCCCUUGCUUCACGACCCGGAAACCCUGGCUGCCGAGUUGCAAAGACAACCGGAGCGUUUGCAAAAUGCAAGCUUUAUUACUAGACAGCUGGCAUACCUUGUCAGACAUGACAUGGUCACAACGGCUGAAUAUCUCAGUCAGCAGUUGAUAGACGCAACCUCUAAACAGCAACUCAUCACUCUGAUGAACACACGGCUAGAUUCAGGGAGCACGCUGCUCAUGGUCUCAGCCUCUCAAGGGUUAGAGCGAGUGGUAGACCUCCUUCUCGAUUCCGGCGCGGACCCAAAUCUGGUGGGCGGAGUCGAUGAUGGAACAGCCCUUGAUAAGGCGACUGAUGCCGGCUACUUCACGAUCGCUGAAAAGCUUUUGGCCAAGGGAGCUGACCCUUCCAUCUCUCAGGUCUUCAAAAAGGUCAUAUCGAACGAGCGCGAAUAUGCAGGCGAAAACCUCGGGGUCACUAUCGGCGAACCUGGUGCUUCGGGUUCCUCACCCAGAAUCAACGCGAGUAAUCUUGGGCCACUUGGUCGCGCUGCCUUUGAUGGGGACGUCGAGUCUGUGGGUAGGCUUCUUGGGGACGGCUCAGGCCCUUCUCUCUGCGAUAUCGAGGAGGGCGCCGGAAGUGGGAGCUCUCCGCUCCUCCUUGCCUCGUCACAAAGCCAUUUUGACGUGAUGGAUUUAUUGCUCGACAGGGGUGCAAACAUCAACACAACAUCCAAGCACGGUUGGACGCCGUUGAUGCUCGCUUCCAAGAGGAUGGACAUGGCUGCAGUUAAAUACUUGAUCGAGCAUGGUGCAGAUGUCAACCAUCUAUCGCCAGACCGGUGGACUGCCCUCGCUGAGGCGGCAAAUAAUGGCUCCAAAAUCAUCAUGCAGCUGCUGCUGGAAGCAGGCGCCGACCCGGAGAUCCGCGCUCAAUCUGACUGGGCACUCCUGAUGCAUGCCGCUUACGGAGGAGAUCUUGAGGCAGUCAAUCUUCUCUUGGACGCUGGUGCUUCCUUUGAGGAGAUAUCGGCUCGAGAUGCGUCCGUCAUGCUUUUGGCCUCUGCUGCAGGAGCACCAAAGGUUGUCCGGCACCUCCUUGACGCUGGAUGCUCACCUGACUCAAACUGGUCGAAAGCGCCUGAGCAGGAAGCCAGCUUUGAGAGUCCGGGUGCAGAUGAGUCCGCUGCGUCUCUUAAACUACAAGAACGUAUAGAGCGGGUAUACAAGGUCGGCUGGACUCCCUUGAUGGUCGCUUGUCAGAUAGAGGUUUUAUUCGUUGAAAUGCUUCUAUAUGCAGGAGCCAACACCGAGCCUAGAAGCCCAAUGUUCAAAACGGCGCUUGAGAUUGCUAGGGAGAAUGGCAGAAGUGAGGUCGCAGAGGUCCUGGAGAACUGGCUGACGAAGGGAUCGGUCGCGGUGUCAUAG